AUUUUCCACGGUCCACACUACACACCGAUAACGCCGGUUCUGUUGAUAACACGUUGAGUGCUAGUUGAGUAGUAAGGUGUGACCAAAUUUUGAAAUUUUUCCAAACCUACCAACGGCGAGAAUGGCAACGGCUGAGAGCAAAGGAGUUUUGACCAGGUACAACGUCAAGAGCCUGGAAGAGCUUGACCAGAAGAUAGAGGAGCUGCUGCAAAAAAACCAACAGGAGGAGAUCUUCAUCUGGUUUGUCGGGUCCGUCGAGAACGGGGUUAGCUGGUGCUCAGACUGUCGGACAUCUGAGCCGGUAGUUGAAAAUUACCUGGAGAAUCUUAAGUUGAAGUUAGACUGCAGCUUGAUCAUCUGCACUGUGGAUAAAGCACCGUUUAAAAGCCCAAACAGUCCUUACAUGAAGCACAAGGCCAAAGUGAAGAAAGUGCCCACUAUCAUUUGGUGGGGCAAGCCAGAAAGGGUUGAAGAGUCCGAGUGCAUGGACACAGAAAUGCUGGCACUCGUCUUUGAGAAAGUUAAAGAAUGAAAUUACUAUUUAAAAAAAAAAC